CCUUCACCCCUUUGGAAUCCCCCUCCUACUUCUUCACUCCUUAACAGUAUAAACAACAAACAAUUAACUAUUCUCUUUCUCUCUCUGUCUCCAUACUUGGUUGUUCUGCAUGUGCUCUGCCAUCCAUCCCACAAACUUAAUUAGCUUUUUUGCCUAAUAAUCCCACCGUCCACCCCUUUAUACUCUCAUUUUUUUUGGUAUAAAUUCAGUUUCUGCUUCUCCCUUCCUCACUAAGCAUACAUCUUCACAUCAGUAGUUGCAAAAUGGGCGAAGAAGUUAAACAACAGCAGGAAGCAGUUGAGGGAGAGGUUAAAGUAGUAGAGGAGAAAAAGGAAGAGAAAGUAGAAGAGAAAAAGGAAGAGAAAGGCGGUGCAGCAGAUCAAGAAGAGAAAAAGGAGGAAGAAGAGCCUCCUAAGCCUCCCCCACCUUUUGUCCUCUAUGUGGACUUGCAUUGUAUGGGAUGUGCUAAGAAGAUUCAGAGAUCCAUUUUGAAAAUUAGAGGUGUUGAAGGGGUAGUGAUAGACAUGGCUAAAAAUGAAGUGACAAUAAAAGGGGUAGUAGAGCCGGAAGCAAUUUGUAAGAGGAUUACAAAGAAAACAAAGAGGGUUGCAAAGGUAUUGUCACCUUUACCGGCUGCUGAGGGUGAACCUAUACCCGAAGUUGUUGCCUCCCAGGUUAGUGGAUUGACUACUGUGGAACUUACUGUCAACAUGCAUUGCGAGGCUUGUGCCCAGCAGCUUAAAAGCAAGAUACUCAAAAUGAAAGGAGUGAGAACAGCAGAAACCGAACUAGCCUCCGGUAAGGUGACGGUGACCGGGACCAUGGACGCCGACAAGCUAGUAGACUACGUCUACCGGCGCACCAAAAAGCAAGCGAAGAUCGUCCCUCAGCCUGAGCCUGAGCCUGAAAAGGCGCCGCCGGCCGAGGAACCCAAGCCGGAGGAAAAGAAGGCCGGAGAAGAGAAGCCUGCAGAGGAGGCGGCGGCGGCGGAAGAGAAGAAAGAGGAAGGCGAAAAGGCGGCGGCGGCGGAGGGAGAGAAGAAAGAGGAGGCGAAAGCGGAAGAAGAAGAGAGUGUAAGCGAAGAAGCAGCGGCUGGCAUGCAUAAGAUGAUGUACUAUUAUCAGCCGCUUUACUACAUUGAAAGAAUCCCGCCGGCGCCUCAGAUCUUCUCCGACGAAAACCCUAAUGCAUGUUGCAUUUCGUGAUGAUCUACGAGCUUAACUUACUGUAUACAGUAUUUGUGAAAAGGUUAUCUCGUCAUGGACUGCCGUACGAGGUUAAUUAAUUGCUAAAUCCCCCACAGGUUUUAUUAUAUUGUGGGUUUCUCCCAGCGAGCAUGUGUAAUAUAGGAAUGGAAUUUGGUGCAUGAAAACCGUACCAUAUCAACAUGUGGUGCUAUUAUUAUUGUAUUACUAUUACAUGUACGAGGUACUAAACAUAAUAAUAAUAAUAAUAAUGACAUGCAUAUA